AUGCUGAUUGGCAUUUGUGGAACCAUAUGUUCGGGGAAGUCCUCCAUCGCUUCAUAUCUGGAGACGCAGCACGCUUUCCAACGAGUCUAUAUCACUCGAUCUGAUCGAGUCCCGUCCGAGACCGCCGCUCUAGCGUCAGCAACCCCCAAUUCCCGCCGUGCGCACUCCAGCAACCGGUCCGAUGCCCCGUCGAACACCAAGAACGGACGACAGGACCUUUCUGGGUCAAGACUGGAGUUCUCCAAUGCAACCCAGCUGCUAGAGUUCGUGACGAAGAAUUGGAAUGAGCAUUGGGUGACGACCGAUAUCUGGGACAUCAGCAUCGCGGAGAUCCUCUCGCAGCGACCCUUCUUCCUACUCGUCAACGUGGAUGCUCCGAUCCUGGCUCGCUGGGAGCGGUACAGAAGCCGCAACUGCAUGAAGCGCCGCGUCGGCUGCGUCCUCGUCUCCUCGCACACCCGCCGCAUCAUCAGCACGGGGUACAACGGCACGCCACGCGGGUUGCGGAACUGCAACGAGGGGGGCUGCGGGCGGUGCAACGGCGGGGCGACGGCGGGGACGGGGCUGGAUUCGUGCUUGUGUUUGCAUGCGGAGGAGAACGCGCUGCUGGAGGCGGGGCGGGAGCGGAUUGGAAGGGGGGGGGGCGGGGAGGGGGCGACGUUGUAUUGCGAUACGUGUCCGUGCUUGACGUGCUGUGUGAAGAUUGCGCAGGUGGGGGGCAUUGAGGAGGUGGUGUUCGAUCGGGCGUAUAGUGUGGAUCGGGAGUCGGAGCGGGUGUUGCGGGAGGCGGGGGUGGGGUUGCGAAGGUUUGAGGGGAAUCUGGUGGGGGGGAGAGGAUCGGUGGUGGAUUUGGGAGCGUUGGUGACAGAGGACCAGCAGACGUUGGAGGGGGCAUUAAACAUGCUGGCGUUGGACAAGACGAAAGUAGGGAGGAAUGGCGUUUAAAUUCACUACAGCAUCCUCUUGGAUGGCGGUAACACUCGGAGCCCCGGCUACCAGGGCGUUCCGUCUGAUAUUACGCCUUGAAGCGUCGAACAAUCGAUCUACAAGCAAAGCAAAGCCUAGAGAAUCGAACCAUGAUGUUGAACAGCUUCAUUACUAUUGUACCUCCAUUAAGACACCACUCCCACUCGUCCCAACCUCAGAUGGUGAUCCAUCCGCAGACACCAUCUCCUAAGUCCAACCGUGGCCGCGCUCCGAGCGUCAGACCGAAACCUUCCCUCCAAUGGUAACCAGAACUCCAUCGAUGUGACCGCCAGG